CUGGCCGGCGGCGAGACUGCAGUUCCCAGCAUGCAUUGCAGCCGGGCCGGGAACCCGGACUUCGAGUGAUGGGGGCCCCGUGGUGCCUUAAGCCGCCAAGUGGGUCGUAAAGGUUCAGGUGGAGCCCUGGGCCUGGGAAUCGGACGACGGCUGAGAAAAGAAGAUGGAAGCUUGGCGUUGUAUGAGGAGGGGCUACGGCCGCUGUGUGGUGGGGAGAGGCCGAUACCCCAUGUUUUCCCAUCACCCGAAGAGUCUGGGCAGAGACUGGACUACACCGUGGGAGAAUCUGCAAAGAUGUUGCUGGAACAGACAUAUUUCUAGUUGUAUGAGGUGGCCUGGACAUUAUUCUCGUGCUCCUUACCCAUACUUCAGUAGUAGGCAUUUUUCACUAAAUUGGAGACCACCUUGUUUAUUUGAGUCUAGAACUCAGUUUCAGUACAGUAACUGGAGACCUGACAACCUGAGCCAGACCUCUUUGAUUCAUCUCUCUAGUUACAUCAUGAACUCUGAGGGAGAUGAGCCUUCAUCAAAACGAAGAAAACACCAAGGCAUGAUCAAAAGGAAUUGGGAAUAUAUAUGUAACUAUAAAAAAGAAAAAACGAAGAUCCUAGGAGAUGAAAAUGUUGACCCCCAAUGUGAAGACAGUGAGAACAAGUUUGACUUUUCAGUGAUGUCCUAUAAUAUACUUUCACAAGAUUUAUUGGAAGAUAAUUCACACCUUUAUAGACACUGCCGACGGCCAGUAUUACACUGGAGUUUUAGGUUUCCCAAUAUUCUGAAAGAAAUUAAACACUUUGAUGCAGAUGUACUUUGUUUGCAAGAAGUUCAAGAAGAUCAUUAUGGAACAGAAAUCAGGCCAAGUUUGGAAUCACUGGGUUAUCACUGUGAAUAUAAGAUGCGGACAGGAAGGAAACCUGAUGGCUGUGCCAUUUGCUUCAAGCAUUCCAAAUUUUCGCUCUUAUCAGUGAAUCCAGUGGAAUUCUUCCGCCCUGAUAUUCCUCUCUUGGACAGAGACAAUAUUGGAUUAGUUUUACUCUUGCAGCCCAAAAUUCCAUGUGCUACCUCUCCUGCGAUCUGUGUAGCUAAUACACAUCUAUUGUAUAAUCCAAGGAGAGGAGAUAUUAAGCUGACUCAAUUGGCAAUGCUGCUGGCAGAGAUUUCCAGUGUUGCACAUCAGAAAGAUGGCAGCUUCUGUCCUAUUGUUAUGUGUGGUGACUUUAAUUCUGUACCUGGUUCUCCGCUCUAUAGUUUCAUAAAGGAAGGAAAAUUGAAUUAUGAAGGACUUGCCAUAGGAAAGGUAUCUGGCCAGGAACAGUCUUCACGGGGACAAAGAAUUUUAUCUAUUCCAAUUUGGCCCCCAAACCUAGGUAUCUCACAGAACUGUGUGUAUGAGGUACAGCAGGUACCAAAAGUAGAAAAGACAGAUAAAGAUCCUACACAAACACAGCUGGAGAAAACAGAGGUCCUCGAAACAGCUGAAAAAUUAUCUUCAAACCUACAACACCAUUUCAGCUUGUCAUCCGUUUAUUCACAUUUCUUUCCUGACACUGGAAUUCCAGAAGUUACCACCUGUCAUUCUCGAAGUGCCAUAACUGUGGAUUAUAUUUUCUACUCUGCAGAAAAAGAAGAUGUUGCUAGGCACCCAGGAGCUGAAGUUGCUUUGGGUGGUGGCUUGAAACUUCUAGCUAGACUGUCACUUCUUACAGAACAAGACUUAUGGACUGUUAAUGGACUUCCAAAUGAAAAUAACUCUUCAGAUCAUCUGCCUUUAUUGGCAAAAUUCAGACUUGAGCUCUGACUCUUCUUUGAUUAUAUACAUAAUUUUAUUUCUGGUUAUAUUCUUUUUCAAAGACUAUAAAGUUAUUCUUCGGCUUUUGCAUGUUUAUUUUUGUGCUGUGGAGUUUCUGAAGAGAUCAAGUGCUUGAAACAGAUAUUGGAAGAAACAAGUUUACAACAAUUUUCUUUUUUAAUGAUAAAAAAUAUUUUCCUGACAAUUGAGAUGUAAAUACUCUUUAUUAUAAAAGAUGUGUAAAUUUUUAUCCUAAAUCUUAGUAAAGUUGACAAUGUUUUUAAAAUAUAGUGCAUAUUCUUGAGUCUGUUUAGUGAAGAAUUUCAUUUCAUGUUUUUGGAAAGCUUUAAGUGGAUCCAGAAUAUCUGAGUUCUUGCAAACCACAAUUUGUUUCUGUCUAUAGGCGUGAUUUCUUUGGGAAAACUCUAUGUGUUUUGAGUCCCAAUUGGUUGUCUCAGAAAUCAUCAGAUCAUUCACAGGUAUCCAGCUUACCAUUUUAGUUUUUGAAGGUAAUAAUGCUUUAAAAUUGUACAAAAUGCUUAAUCCUUCUUAUUAUUGUCCUGAGCCAUGUGAUAUGCCUGUAGUUUGGAGAAAAGGUUUGGGAAAUGGAGGUCACCAUUAGAGGAUGAGGUCUUAUAAGUCUACUCUUUUCACCCCAUAACAGAUAUAGGUGGACCUAAAAGUAGUAGACUUGAGUUAUGCCUUUGUUUACCUAGGAUUUUCUUUGUGUUUUUCUGUUUUCUGUAAGAAAAGAUCUGUGGGGCCAGGUGCUGUGGCACAUGCCUGUGAC